CCGCUGGCGUGAACGCCGCGCAGGAGGUUUGUCCCCGCCCGCACGCCGUACCGCGGGCGCAGCGAGCAGGGCGCGCGGCCGCGAUGGGCGAGACCAUGUCGAAGAGACUGAAGCUGCCUCUGGGCGGGGAGGCAGACAUGGAGGAGCGCGCCUUCGUCAACCCCUUCCCGGACUACGAGGCCGCCGCCUCCGCGGUGUUCCCCGCCGGAGCGCCGGAGGAGUCGGGUUGUGCGCACCCCCGGCCCACGGCUGAUGAGCUCCGUCUUCCUUUUCACAACGACGGGAAGAUCAUUCAUAAUUUCACGAGGCGGAUCCAGACCAAAAUCAAAGAUCUUCUACAGCAAAUGGAAGAAGGGCUGAAGACAGCUGAUCCACAUGAUUGCUCUGCUUAUACUGGUUGGACAGGCAUAGCCCUUUUGUACCUGCAGCUGUAUCGGGUCACAUGUGACCAGACCUACCUGCUCCGAUCCCUGGAUUACAUAAAGAGAACGCUUCGGAAUCUGAAUGGCCGUAGGGUCACCUUCCUCUGUGGAGAUGCUGGGCCCCUUGCUGUAGGAGCUGUGGUCUAUCAUAAACUCAAAAGUGAUUGCGAGUCCCAGGAAUGCAUCACAAAACUUUUGCAGCUCCAGAGAACCGUUGUGUGCCGAGAUUCAGACAUUCCUGAUGAGCUGCUUUACGGACGGGCAGGUUAUCUGUAUGCGUUGCUCUACCUGAACACAGAGAUCGGUCCGGGCACCGUGUGUGAGUCGGCUGUUAAAGAGGUAGUCAGUGCUAUUAUUGAAUCGGGCAAGAACUUGUCAAGGGAAGAAAGGAAGACUGAGCGCUGUCCCCUCUUGUAUCAGUGGCACAGAAAACAGUAUGUUGGAGCAGCCCAUGGCAUGGCUGGAAUCUACUACAUGUUAAUGCAGCCAGAAGCAAAAGUGGACCAAGAAACCUUGUCAGAAAUGGUGAAACCUAGUAUUGAUUAUAUACGCCACAAAAGAUUCAGAUCUGGGAAUUAUCCGUCAUCGUUAAGCAAUGAAACAGAUCGAUUGGUCCAUUGGUGCCACGGUGCCCCGGGUGUCAUCCAUAUGCUUAUGCAAGCUUACAAGAUUCUCAAACCUGAAGACAGGGAAGAAUAUCAGAACCUUCUGGGACAGAAGACAUCGGUGGUUUUUAAGGAGGAGAAGUACUUGAAAGAUGCCAUGGAGUGCAGUGAUGUGAUUUGGCAGCGAGGCUUGCUGCGGAAGGGCUACGGGAUCUGCCACGGGACUGCUGGAAAUGGCUACUCUUUCCUGUCCCUUUACCAUCUCACACAGGAUAGAAAGUACCUGUACCGGGCUUGCAAGUUUGCAGAGUGGUGUCUAGAAUAUGGAGCACACGGGUGUCGCGUUCCUGACAGACCCUAUUCUCUCUUUGAAGGCAUGGCUGGCGCGGUUCACUUUCUCUCUGACGUCCUCAUUCCAGAGACAUCAUGGUUUCCAGCAUUUGAACUUGGUUCUUCACAGAGGGAUAUAAAGGUGCAAGAAGACUACUAAGAGACCUGUUUGGACCAAAAGCCACCAGAUUGCUUAGUGCGUGACACAGAACCAACUGUGAAUCCUGAAAGAGGGGGAAAAAAAGGAGAAGCAGACACCGUCACAGACCCGCUUGUGUUGCAAAGACCCUCAAGUUAGAGCAUGAGUGACAGAAGCCAUCCCAUCAGGGUUUUGUGACAGUGUUCCCCUCACUGGUGUAAAAUAUGAAUUCUUCACAUCCAGUUCAGUGUAGUGUUGCAUGUUUCUUGGUGUUUGUUGUCUGCAGGUGUAAGUUGUUCUAAAUGGAAAGCUCCUCUCUCUCCGUGAACCUGGAGCUGACCGUGCCUGAGAGCACGGCAUGGCCUCUUCUCUGUAUAUGGAGUCUAAAGUGGAGGAUCUUCUGUAUCGACACACAGAGAAUAGUCAGGUGGUGUCUCUUCUGUAUCAGAAAGGUGCUCUAGGGUGAUAUCCUAGUGAUAAUGCUUUUUCAGCAUUUUCUGUGGGAACCUUUCAGAUGAGCAAAAGGAAAAGACCACUCCAAAAACUGAAAAGAAACACAAGAGAAAAGAGGGGGUUUCACUGGAAUAGUUGGAGGGGUAAGCCUUUCCACAAGGUAGUUGAACGCUCCCUCUUUGUGUUUUGUGUUCACCUUAGUGCUUUUAAGAAGCCACGGAGGGUGCACUGCAGCUCUGCCGGGGCUCCCCACUCUCAGCAGAGGCUUCAGGCACUUGGCGUGAAGUUCUGAAGGCUCCUCGCAGUCCACGGCAGCAGUGCCAGGGAGUGGGCUUCAUGACAUCAGGACAACGCCCAAGGGAAGCCCUUUCAUGAUCACAAUGUAAAUCAAGUAGCAGUGACCAAGCGUUGGCAAUUCUAGAGUCUGUGUAUGUUAUCAAAACAGGCUGCGCCUCAAUUUUAUCAACAUUAUGGCUUACUGUUAUAAGUUCAGUGGCUGCAAUUCCAGAUAUGUGAUAAGCAGACAGAUUCAGCUGUUCUGAUGUCCCUGCAGUUAAAUUUAUUUCAGAAUUUGGUAAGUUAUCAAAGUAUAAAUUUGGGAUUAUUUUUUUGUCCACUAUUUAGAUGAUAAAGUUUCACAUUUGAUGAAAUGUCUGAAGCAUAAAAGUACUAGUUUGCAUUUAUAUAUAUGGGAAACAAUGUUCUAACCAAGAAAAUUAUAGUAUUCUCUAUAUGACAUUUUUUGUUAAAAAAAUGGGCAUUAAUGUGGAUUAGCAUAAAUUUUUAGAAAAGAGUUUUGUCAUCAUGGUAUGAGUGGUUUAGGACUUUUAUGUACUUCUUAUCUUGUGAGCUAAGAACUGGGUUAUGAAAGACAAGAUAGGUCUCUCUGAUGGUCUGGUCCUUGUCUACAAGGGACAGUCUAGACAUUUGUUGGCCCUAGUUUCCACUUCUUUCAUAAAGGAAAAAGAAGAACAUCAACGUGGAAGACAAAUAUCCUUCAUGCAGGCAGUUCUUAGGAUGUUUCUGAGCCUUAUUUCUGGGGCUGACACCCUAACAUGUGACCUUCGGUUUCUAAGUGAUACCUCAUGAAUCUCUUCUUUGCAGACACUCUUGUUUCUAAGCCAUGACUAUUUUCUUUUAGGUUGACGACUUCUGUGGGCGUAAAUCCUCCUGGUUAUAGUCUAAUUAACUUCUGGGCCUGCUGAUGUGCUUCUCAGGCAGCCAGUGCUGUUACCUGAAGGCAGGAUAUGGUGUCAUGAGUGAGCUGAAGGGCUCUUUGGCAGGAGAGCUCACGUGAUACCAGCCCUGCUCCCUCCUCCCCACGCACCUCAUCCAUCCCACGCAGGACAGAGCAUACAGUGCGGUCCUGCCUGCCUCACCCACAGCAGCCUUCAAGGCUUCGGCUGAAAGCUGUGCCCAAGCUGUCUCAUUUCUCAGGGGAAGCCAGGGUUCCUGCCUGGGAAUCACCCUGAGGCCCCCCAUACAGCCUGUCUCAGCAAGAGGGAGGCAACUCGUUGAAGCUCUGAUUCUGGCCACAUGUCUCCAGACCAGAAACAGCAAAGGUGACUCCUAGUUAUCUGGGCGUCUCACUGUGUCUGAAAAAUACUUGUUAGGCUUGUUUCUGACUAACACACUGAGGGGAAGAUAAAAUACUUGUGGAAUAAAUAGAGGAGAUUUUAUUUACAGGGUUUUUAUUACGGCUAGCUGGAUUGAUGCCUUCCUCCUUACCCACUAGCCGUUAACAGAUGUGUAGCUCUGUGACUCUACGUGCACCAACUCCCUAGCAUCUGUUACAUGGGCCACUACAGAAUGGUGUUCCAGCUCUCAGUCCCUGAGGCAGAGGAGAAAUGGCAUGUACUUCAAAGAACAGAGGACCUACAGAAGUCAGUCUAAUAGUUCUAAGUGUCUGAAUUCCAACCUCAGAACAUCUCACAAUGAUUUCUUGGGUUGGUUUAUGUCCUCCAAAAUGUGUCUAAAUUUUAAAAAUAUGUAUAUGCAUAAUACCAUUUAAAAAAUUUGAAAGAAAAAAAGUUGAUGUCCACAAAAAGUAUGUGAGGUUCUUUGGGUUUUGUUAGUAAAGACAGUUUUGCAGUGA